AUGGAAGAACUUGGAAUGCAAGAAAGACUUGACGAGGCAAUUUACCUCAUUGAACUUAACGACUGCGUAAAAGACUACUUGCGCAAGGUAAUGAAGCCCAAGGUCAAGUUCAUCACUAUUUCUGGAAGGUCUACACUUCAGCUCGAGACUUCGACUGGAAUUCCAAUUCAAAUACCAGACGGGACAGCCUACGAUGGCAUAAAGGACGCCAAAAGAGAAGCUCUUGUUAAGUUCCUAAACAAAC